UUUAUAUAUACAAUAUACUGUAUAUAAUAAUACAAGACCGGUUUAGGGUCUUGCCGAAAGAAAUUUGGAACGCUUGUGACUUCUAGAUUGUUGGAAUGGUGUUGCUAUGCAACAUGCCCUGAUCUGCCUUGCCUCUGUGACGUCAGAGGACGCGGAGCUUUCAGACAUUCACUGAACUUUGUGCGAUUAAGGCGAUUAUUGUAGUUCUGAUCAAGAGAGAAAAUGAAUAAGUUUUUGAGUGCACUUGACACUAGUGUUGCGGACGCUCCUCUGCGCCCCCUGCUGUACACGGCCGGAGCUGCAGCCACCGCAGCCGGUAUUUACUAUUAUGUUAAACGAGAUGGAAAAACAACAACAUCGGACUCCGAGGUCACAACUGAAGACCCAGUGUGUGACUGGGCCACGGAACCGGCUCUGCUCCAACCCAUGGAGGUUCCUCUGGACCAGGUCACGAACGCUGUGACUGAGGCUGAGGAGAAGAUUCAGAAGCUUGUGAUGUCCAAUACUCAGCUGGAGGAGAGAGUGAGGGAGCUAGAGGAACUGCUCUGUGAGGCACGCAGAGAUGGCAUGAAAAGCAAGGCUUCACAGGCGGAAGCAGAGGAGAAACACCAGAAGGCUGAGGAGACCAUUACUCAGCUGGAGGAGGAGAAGUCCGACCUGACCAAGCAGGUGGAGUCACUGCUAGAGACAGUGCAGAACCGGGGGCACCUGCUCUCUGAGACUCACAGGGAGUGUGAAACACUGCUAAUGAAUGGGUGUGAGCGAGAUCAGGAGGCUGACAGCAUCCUCCAGGUGGAGAACAAGAAGAUGAAGAAGACCCUGAUGGACAAGGAGGAGUUACUUAAGGUGUUCUUGAUUGAAGCUGAGGAGAAACACCAGAAGGCUCUGGAGACCAUUGCUCAGCUGGAGGUGGACAAGUCUGACCUGACCAAGCAGCUAGAGACAUUGCAGGACAUGUGGAUCCUGCUAGGUGAGGCUCACAGGGAGUGUGACAAGCUGAAGGCUGAGGAGACCAUGUUGUCUCAGCUGGAGGUGGUGAAGUCUGACCAGAAAGACCAGGUCUCACACGGAAUAGUGCAGAACAUGGAGCACCUGCUAACUGCUUUUAUUUUAAUUUUAUUUUUUUUAUCAUUAUUUAUUAUUAGAACAAAAUGUUUGAGUUCAACAACAUAAAUAAAUACAGGAGAAACAAAACAAUAAACCAAAAACAAACAAAACAGGUAUUGCAUGUGAUUAUGUGAAGUGUAGGUGUGAGGUUGUGUGCAUGUACAUCUCUAUUCAGUAUAUAUGUAAAUAUAUAUGUAAGGCAAGCUGUAGAAUAAAGAGUAGAGAUGGGAGAAAAAAGAAAAAUGUAUGUAUUUACAAUAUAAACUACAGGGGGGGAAACAAAAAAAAAAGAAUAAAUAAAUAAAGGGAGGAGGCAUACCGAGUUGAUACAGGAACAGGCCACCAUUCAGGGGAAUCGGAGUAGGACAGUAGGGCAGUACAAUAGGGUAGGACAAUAGGGUAGGACAGUAGGUUAGGACAAUAGGGCAGGACAGUAGGGUAGGACAAUAAGGUAGGACAGAAGAGCGGGACAGAAGAGUGGGACAGUAGGGCAGGACAGUAGGGUAGGACAAUAGGGUAGGACAGAAGAGCGGGACAGUAGGGUAGGACAGUAUGGCAGGACAAUAGGGUAGGACAGAAGAGCGGGACAGUAGGGUAGGACAGUAUGGCAGGACAUUAGGGCAGGACAAUAGGGUAGGACAGUAGGGCAGUACAAUAGGGUAGGACAUGGUAGGACAAUAGGGUAGGACAGUAGGGUAGGACAAUAGGGCAUGACAGUAGGGUAGGACAAUAAGGUAGGACAGAAGAGUGGGACAGAAGAGUGGGACAGUAGGGCAGGAUAGUAGGGUAGGACAAUAGGGUAGGACAGAAGAGUGGGACAGUAGGGCAGGACAGUAGGGUAGGACAAUAGGGUAGGACAGAAGAGCAGGACAGUAGGGUAGGACAGUAUGGCAGGACAUUAGGGCAGGACAAUAGGGUAGGACAGUAGGGCAGUACAAUAGGGUAGGACAUGGUAGGACAAUAGGGUAGGACAGUAGGGUAGGACAAUAGGGCAGGACAGUAGGGUAGGACAAUAGGGUAGGACAGUAUGGCAGGACAAUAGGGUAGGACAGUAUGGCAGGACAAUAGGGUAGGACAGUAUGGCAGGACAAUAGGGUAGGACAAUAGGGCAGGACAAUAGGGUAGGACAAAAAGGUAGGACAGUAUGGCAGGACAAUAGGGCAGGACAAUAGGGUAAGACAAUAGGGUAAGACAGUAGGGCAGGACAGUAGGGCAGGACAGUAGGGUAGGACAGUAAGGUAGGACAGUAUGGCAGGACAGUAGGGCACCCCAGCCAGGAACCAGCACUCGGAUGCAUCUUCAGGACCGAGACCAGCUUGCCUGUGGCCUGCAUGUUACCCUCAAACCCCACCGGGGAACGCCAUCCCACUGGACAAUCUCCUUCAAAAACCUCUCCCAAACCCCGCGGGGGGAGUCAGGCCACCAGGGAGUCAGUGCAGUCAAUAUCCUGCUGUCCAAGUCAGGAGAACUGACCCACCACACAGUCCCCUCCAAGACCCCUCCCAAACCCCACAGGGGGACACUGUCUCACUGUGCAUCAGGGACUGCUUAGGACCUCCAGUCCGGAUGCGUAUCUCACGAUUAUUCAUUUAUCUAAACACUGUACUCUGGGGGAAAAGAAAAAAAGAGAAAAAGAGGGAAACAAACAGAUAAAAACAUAAAUAAAAUGUAUGAAAAAAGUGGUCUGUAAGUCUGUAGUUUAUAGAUGUGUGUUUAAUAGAUAUGUAUAAAUGUGUUGUAUAGUAAGUCUGUAGUUUUAUAAACAUGAUCUAUUAUUAGAUAAUAGUAGGUUAUAAAUAUAAUUAUGAUAUGAUAUUACAGUUA